CGCGAGGCGGCGUCGAGGUUCAGUAAGCGCCGGGGCCCUUCAUUGUGUGCACGUUUAUUUUUGCUUUUGUACGCGUUCCAACUGAAAUGGAACUUGAGAGUGUCGGAAAAGUUAAUUGUUAAAUAUUUUGAAAUGUCGGAAAGUGAAGAGGAAAGCAGUAGCGGCGCCGACUGGCCCGUUAACGAGGAAUGGUUACUGGCGGUGUUAAAGGAGCAUCACAACGAAUUACCACGUCCAUCCUCGAUUACGAUUGUCAAUUUUACAGUGAGACCGGGAUGCGAUGCGGGCGAAAGCGUUCUGAGCGAUAUUUUGGCGGUAUCCGUCAAAUAUCGACUGAUGGAAGACGUUAAUGCCGAAACAUUUUCGCUAAGCUUUAUAGUCAAGCUGCUUCCCCAAGAUCCUUUUAGCCGGUUUUUUGUUACGGAGGCGCAAUUUGACUUACGCGAAAUAAAAUUCUACACGCAAAUCGUACCUGACUUGGAAAAAUUUCAAUCAGAACAUAUACAAGGUGCGCCCAUUGCUCUUCCCAUACCGAAAUGUUAUUUCGCUCACUACACGGCCGGAGUUGCAGAUCCGGAACCGAUCCCACCAGAAUCCGUCCUAGUUUUAGAAAAUAUUAAACCGCGUAAUUUUAGCGGUGCGGAAUUCUCCCGUGGAUUAACCCUUCAACAGACGACGGCCGCAAUGAAGGCAAUCGCUCAAAUACACGCUCUGUCGUUGGCGCUUAAAGUCAAAGAAGCGAAAUCGUUAUCAGAGAGGUACCCUUUCCUCUUCCAAACAUCUAAGGCAACCGACUCCUAUCAGCAACUGGUCGAGCGCGGUUUACCUCAGUUGGCACAAUUUCUGGAAAGACGACCGGGCUUAGAACCGGUUCUCGAACGCCUGAACGCAAUCAGGCCCAACACCAAGGAGGUGAUCGAGUCGCUGUUAUUGCCCGAAGAACCGAUGUCCCUAAUAACCCACACCGACUUUUGGUGCAACAAUUUAAUGUUCAAGGAAGAAGAGGGCAUAUGCGAAUGCAUCAUUUUGGACUGGCAAAUGGUCACCUUCAGCAGGCCAACUAACGAUCUCGCCCUUUUACUGAUCAGUUCAGUUUCCGCCGAAUUGCGUCGCAUCCAUACCGAAUCGCUUCUGGACGGCUAUUGGGAGGCACUCAAGAGCACAUGCAGACAAUUAAAAUUAGACAUUGAAGGUGAACUCGAUUACGAUCGAAACAAACUCGGACUUGAUUACAAACGAUCGCAAUUGCUCGCUUUAUUAUUAUGUAUUGGUUCGAUCGACGUUGCUUUAGGGGAUCCGCUUACGGAAGAUCGCCUCAUAGAGUUACUCAGAGAUUUAUACGCCGAUGGGAUACUGAGUCAGGAUGUUAUUAAUAAUUAAUAAAUUCGUUUUCGCUAAUGCUACAACUUUAACCUUAAGGCAAGUAGUGAUCACUCCUCUCAGCACUGAAAUUUUUGUAUACACACGCUAUUAUUGCCACUUAAGUUAAUUAAUAUUUGUAAUUAUUGGUUAUUAUAAUGAAUAAAAAAACCUUUAGAUUA